CCUGAGUCAGGACUCCUAAAUUGCUGUCCUGACUCACCUUGCUGCCUGCCUGCUUUUAUCAGGCAUUUUGUUCAGAUUCCAACCAAACAGGCCCCUAAUCCCGAUCCGAUCCAUCCCGCCGCCGCCUGCGCCCUUCCACCACCUCCAACCCCGCCCUACCACCGCCACCUCCCCUUCCCGUCGCCGGAACCAAAUCGGAGAAGCCCCGCGCCCGCCGCUUCCUCUCGCCGUCAUUCCGCGCGUCGUCGCCGACCAUGUUGAUCUUCAAGUACGGAUCGGAGGUCGCCCGCCGCCUCCUACCUCACCCCAACCUCUACCGUCGACAUCGUAUCCGGUCACCACGAGCCAACAAUCACACCCCUCGGGCGUCCGCCGUUGGGCCGGCGGAGGCGCUGCCGCAGAGCUGCUGGACGCGGCUGGCCCCCGAGCAUAUGACAUUUAAUGAUAUUAAUGGGCUUGUUCAGCAAAAUGUUCAACUUCGAAAUAAAGUUCACUUGCUUCCUAUUGAUCUUGACAAAUAAAUACAUGGAGCUCAGGGAGAGCUUCCAGAUUGAGCUGAAGAGAAUCACAGAUGGUGCUACCUCCAGAGUUGAAAAAGUGAUGAAGAAGUCUGAAGAACAAGCAAUAGUUAUUGAAUCUCUUCAUAGAUCUGUAGUGAUGUAUAGGAAAUUGUGUGAAGGGCAGCAGAAGACUCGCUCCAAUGUUGAACACAUAUCCAAUAAUCUGCAAGAUGAUGGCAGCAAGGACCUGAUGGUUCUAUUUGAAGGAUCACAGGCUGUCUCAAGGAAAGCAUAUGAACAGGUUUCGGAGCGAUCCAAAAGACUCGACGAGGAGCUGACGAAAUUGAGGACCGAGCUUGUGUCUUUGCGAUCUGAGCAUGAUAAGUCAGUUCUUGAAGCUAAAUUUGCUCAAGAUCGGCAUAAUGGGUACAUGACAGAGAAUGAUCAUCAGAGGAAGGAAGCUAAUUCUGUUUCACUCAGAAACGCGGAGUUGAUGCACUUGAUAGUCGAUUACGAAAAGAGGCUUCGUGAAAGUUCAGAUUCUAUGCAAGCUUUAGAGGAGAAUUCAAGGAAACUGUCGAUGGAGGUGUCUAUUUUGAAGCAUGAAAAGAGAUAUUAGUAAAGUCAGAGAGAAGAUCUUUGGAUGAAGUCCAUGAUUUGACUGAAAGGGUGCAUCGUCUGCAGCAAAUUGUACCUGCUGCGCCUUCUUCCUUCAGGGACUAAGAUAGCAGAGUGCGCUGCUAUGCAUGUUAAGCACUAUAUAACAUAGCGAAGGUUGUAGGUUGUAAGAGGGGACUCCGAUGUGAAUGUGCAGAGUGUGCAUCUUAUCUUCUUGACAGGCUUGUAAGGUAUGGCCUGGGCUAUAACAACGCGACCCAUAUUAUGUGGCAUGUUAUCUUAAUUAUCUCUGAUACUUCCUCCGAUCUAUAUUAAUUGUCUCAAAUUUGCCCAAAUAUGGAUGGCUAGAUACAUGUAAUAUUUCGACAACUAAUAUGGAUCGGAGGGAGUACAAUAAAUUAUGUAUUAACCAGGACAUUGUUAUUGAGAGUGGUCAGUUCAGGUAUGCGAUAUAUCUUCAUUGUUUUCCGUAUCUGUAUUUUGCUUAUCUUGAAAUUAGUGUUCACUUCUGAUUGACACCUUUAUUUCAAAUUUCCUUUUUAGCACAGAAGAAUUUAUACCACUAUUGAGAGAGCGCACGAAUGUGCUGAACGCAUAUGUAUGGCAAUUUUUGGUGGGGUAGAUAAUAGUCUAAGAGCAUCUUCAGCCGUGCCCCCCAUUUGGCGUCCGGCGCAGCCGUUUUUUAGGCCGUUUGGGGGGGGUGCCGGCGGUUUUUUUUUAGGGUUCCGCCGGACCCAGCUGCGCCCCCAAUAAGAACCCCCCAAAAUUUGAAAAUAGACAAAAUUUAACUGAAGUCGGCGGAAUUUAAAUGAAGUAGGCGAAAUUUAACCAAACUCGGCGGAAUUUAAUUAGACAUAAAGUUUUUUCAUUACAUAAUUCUAAAAAAAAGGCCGCCUAGUCGUCGAGGUCGCUGAAGUAGGCGAGGUACGCCUCGCCGGAGUCGUCGGAGUCGAUUUCGAUCGGCUCCGUCUUCACCUCCGGCCUCUUCCCCGCCUUCUUCUCGGCGGCCUCCCUCUCCGCCUCCUUGGCGCUCCACGCCAACACCUCCUUGGCGUGCUGCACCGCCCGCAGCCCCGGGAACUCCUCGGGGUCGCCGUCCUGGCGCCAUUCGAGCACUCGUACUCCGGCGCUGGCGCCCACUGUGGCUCCGUCUUUGGCCGGACUAGGCGGGAAGAAGACACCCCCGGCUCCUCCUUGAUACGCAGCGCCGGCGAGGAGGCGCUGCGGAAAGAGCCGGAGCGGGGGAGCGGGAGGCGCCGGAGCCGCCGUAUCGGUGCUUUCCCGCCGGUGCCGGUGGGGGUGGUGGGGGCGUCUCCAGGCGGGGGUGAUCGCAGGCGGCGAUGUACGCGAGCACCGCCGCCAUGGUGCGCCCGCUCCAGAACCGCCACCGGCCGUCGAUGUUGAAUCGACCCGGCGAUGGGCGCUGGCCUUGGCCCUCGUACCGGGCGAUCUUGACGGCGUGGCGGUCGGCGAAGAACGCUGCCCACUUGGCCCCGGUGGCGCGAUUCCACCCGGUGUCGUCGGGAUGCCGGCGAUGCUGAGCUUCCAUUGCGCCAGCAGCUGGCAAUCGGGCGGCAUCGGGUACUCGUGCUCGUGGAGGGCCUCGGCCUCCUCGAGCGUGAGCGUCGCCCGGCGCCACGUCUCGUCGCCGGCAGCCAUGGUCUCGUCGGCGGGAGGGUUUAGGGCGAGAGAGAGGGAGGGUUUGGGCGAGAGGGAGGAGAGGAGGCGCCGAGAGGAGAAUGCCGAAUGGUCGCCCGUGGUCGCCCCUUUUUAUAUCGCUGGAAUGCGAACCGGCGGGCGUGUGAACACGGCGAUAAACGUGGCCGCGUGGCAACCGGCGGGCUACUGCCAUUAUUUUCCACUCGGGAGCCGAGGAGGGGUCGGUGAGAAACCGGUGGGGCGUUUAAUUGGUCGCUGACAAGGCGGGCCCGUCACAAUAACGCGUUGCGCCGGCGCCUCCGCUCGCCUCCCCGUGGGCUGGGUUCGCCGGGGGGGGGGGGGGGGGGGCGGAUAACUUUUUGGGGCGCGCCGGAUGAAAAAACAAAUUGGGAAGCCCGGCUGGGUGGGUUUUUGGGUGCCGGCGCCCCGCAAACCCGUUUAGGGGGCCAAGUGGAGAUGCUCUAAGACAGUGUGCCUGGUAUUGGCAUGCUUGGUUUCCUUCCUGAUUUUCUUGAUGGUAAUGUCUCUCUUAUCCCCCGGUGUAUUACUUGUAUAUGCAGUUAUCUCAACCUUAUGCUUGCUGCCCAUGCAGGUUUAUUUAAUAUGCUGAGCGAUUGCGUCAUAAGAUAAGGCAGCAAGCAGCUGCAGCACUCUCCGAGAUUUCUGCCGGAAAUAAAAAAAUUCACCUAUCAGGCUUGUGGUGGUGAUGCUGAGAGGCAUGGCAGAGAGGACGGCGGAUGUGUCCUUCACGCUUGAUGAUGGCACCGUCCGCCUCGAUUUUAUUGGAUGACGAGGGCAUUUUGGCAGAUUGCUUUAACUCGAAAUGUAAUAUAAGGUGUGCAGUUUUACACUUUUGUGCUUCAGCUGUCAUUGCUUGUUGUGAGAUGUUAGAUUUGUAAAAUCCUCAAAGUUCAUUCUCAAUAGGAUACCGUUGUCUCUUAUCACAGUGCAAGCAAUUAAAAAUCGAAAAUACUUUACUA